CACCCUUAUUCGUAAAAUCCAAACGUGGUAACGCCAGAGAUAGGAGUGCGAAAGAGGUGAAGAUGGCUGGAAAAGACAUCGACGAUCUGCCCAAAAAUGCGGCGAACUACAUGGCUUUGACGCCACUGUGGUUUCUUGAGAGGGCGGCUUUGGUGCAUCCCAACAGAGCCUCGCUCGUCCAUGGAUCUCGGCGCUACACGUGGCAAGACACUUACCUGCGUUGUCGUCGAUUGGCCUCUGCUCUCUCUCGUCACUCCAUCGGCCUCGGUUGCACGGUAGCAGUAAUUGCACCAAAUGUCCCAGCAAUUUAUGAAGCUCAUUUUGGAGUUCCAAUGGCUGGAGCUGUUCUUAAUGCUGUUAAUAUUCGUCUAAAUGCAUCGACCAUUGCUUUCCUUCUUAGUCAUUCAUCAGCUGCAGUUGUGAUGGUUGAUCAAGAGGUUUUUGUUUUAGCAGAGGAAGCAUUAAAAAUCUUAAAGGAGAAAAACAGAAGUUUCAAGCCUCCAAUUCUAGUUGUCAUCGGUGACGAAAACUGCGACCCUAAUGAGCUCAAAUAUGCUUUGCAAAAAGGGGCCAUUGAAUAUGAGAAAUUCCUGGAAACUGGCGACCCUGAUUUUGCUUGGAAACCACCAGAGGAUGAGUGGCAGAGCAUUGCUUUGGGUUAUACAUCUGGUACUACAGCUAGUCCUAAGGGGGUGGUGUUGAGUCACCGAGGGGCAUAUGUCAUGUCUUUGAGUAAUCCUAUUAUCUGGGGUAUGAAUGAAGGAGCCGUGUACCUGUGGACCCUACCCAUGUUUCAUUGUAAUGGUUGGUGUUUCACUUGGUCUCUUGCAGCUGUUAUUGGGACAAACGUAUGCCUUCGUCAGGUUUCAGCUAAAGCAGUCUACUCAGCCAUAGCAAACCAUAGUGUGACUCAUUUUUGCGCUGCACCUGUGGUGCUCAACACCAUAGUUCAUGCCCCACCCGAAGAAACUAUCCUUCCCCUUCCUCAUGUUGUUCAUGUAAUGACAGCUGGUGCAGCUCCACCCCCCUCUGUUCUCUUUGAAAUGUCUCAAAAAGGCUUCCGUAUCACCCACACUUAUGGUCUCUCAGAAACCUAUGGCCCCUCUACUGUAUGUGCAUGGAAGCCUGAAUGGGACUCACUGCCCCUUGAAACCCAAGCCCGUCUCAAUGCACGCCAAGGUGUCCGAUAUGUUGGUUUGGAAGGCUUAGAUGUUGUCAACCCUCAGACCAUGCAACCUGUUCCUGCUGAUGGAAUUACCAUUGGGGAGAUAGUAUUUCGGGGUAACCCAGUAAUGAAAGGCUACUUAAAGAACCCAAAAGCAAAUGAGGAGGCUUUCGCAAAUGGGUGGUACCAUUCAGGUGAUCUAGCAGUAAAGCACCCAGAUGGAUACAUAGAAAUCAAAGACAGGUCAAAAGACAUCAUUAUAUCUGGAGGCGAAAACAUCAGUAGCUUGGAGGUAGAAAAUAGUCUAUACUUGCACCCAGCCAUUUUGGAGGCAUCAGUGGUGGCAAGGCCAGACGAGCGGUGGGGUGAGUCUCCUUGUGCUUUUGUGACAUUAAAGCCUGGUAUUGAUACGUCUGAUGAGCAGCUGUUGGUGGAAGAUAUAGUGAAAUUCUGUCGGUCUAAGAUGCCUGCUUAUUGGGUUCCAAAAUCUGUGAUUUUUGGACCAUUGCCAAAGACAGCUACUGGGAAAGUACAGAAGCAUUUGCUGAGAGCCAAGGCGAAAGAGAUGGGGCCAAUACCUAAGAGUAAGUUGUAACUGAAACAUGGUCACUGGAAAAAGGGGUACUGCGAAAGAGAGAAUAAAUGCUUAAUUAUGUCGUUUAGUUGGUCUCUUUAGAAGUCUUGUUCUCGACCCAUAUAUGCUCUUUGAUCAAAGAUUUAACAUUAUCGUCCGUGUUAAUUGAGUUUUUUAUUUUUUAGAAUGGCAUUGGGUGUCCGAAAACAGCAUUCCGACAAAUCCCGAGUGUUGGUUGAAUUGUACUUUACUUUCAAACUAUAUCUCCCUUCUAUUAUCUAUUUCCGGUUCUCUCUCUAUUAUAAAAGCCGCUAUAAUGGCGUGAGUGGUGUGAACACUAAAUUGUGUUUAAUGGAAAAAUGACCCUCUUGUUGUUUGUGUU